AUGGAAGAAAGAAGAAAAAUCAUAACAUACAUAGAGAAUAAGUAUGGUGUUAGGAUUGGAACCACCGGGGGAGGUGUGGGGUACCCGAGCUGGGUUCGCAAAUUUGUCAGGGGAGAGUCCGAACGCUACGGGUUCGGAAGCUGUGAAACCAGUGGAGUAACGGAAAGUACUAGGAAUGAGGAUAAGGAUAGCAGGGGCGAGUAUGAGGACGGGGAUGAGUACGAAUACUACAGAGGGUGGAGGAAUGUGAUUGGUAGAUUAAGACUUGCUAGACUGUUUUUACCAGAAAGAAGGGUGGGUGAAACUCAAAGGGAUUAUAUUGAUAAGGCUCGUAGUAGAUUUGGACGAUUACUUGUUUACGUUAAAACAGUUGAAAAUGACAUAAAGUGUCUCGAUAGACUUAGAAAGUGGGCAAGCGAGAACAGGUCUCCGCUUGCAUUUGCAGUAAUGAGUGUUACUAUUGCGGUAAUUAUGGUGGGAAUGCUUUCCAGGAAAAUGACUGCAAGGGGGUCGGGCGUUGUGUACGGGGCGGCAGCUGCUACUCACGAAGCUAGUAAGAAACUACCUCCAGUCAUUUCCGAUGUCAUGAAAGAAAUAACAAAGCUCCUGGACACCACUGGUGACCUGAUGCUCCUACUAGCUUGUAACCUGUGGGUUAUUUGCAUUAUGGCUGCGGUAGGUAUUGUAUUCAGCUAA